CGAUUGGUUGUCUGGAAAUGAACGGAUGUGACGUAACGUAUCACCCGGAAGUGCUCUGUGUACAUUGCUUUGAAUGAAAUCCGGCUGAUUCACUGCGGUUCCGGAGGGGAAAAUAUAACGAAAAUCUUCUUUCUUCUGCUCUUAAGUUCACUCACAGGAACAUGGACAGACUACUAAGGCUCGGAGGAGGAAUGCCGGGGCUGGGGCAGGGUCCUCCCACCGAUGCUCCUGCAGUGGACACAGCCGAACAGGUGUAUAUUUCUUCUCUAGCAUUGCUUAAAAUGCUAAAGCAUGGCCGGGCCGGUGUCCCAAUGGAAGUCAUGGGCCUGAUGCUGGGAGAAUUUGUGGAUGACUACACAGUCAGAGUUAUUGAUGUAUUUGCCAUGCCCCAGUCUGGAACUGGUGUCAGUGUGGAGGCUGUGGAUCCAGUGUUUCAGGCUAAAAUGUUGGACAUGUUAAAGCAAACUGGAAGGCCUGAGAUGGUGGUUGGUUGGUACCACAGUCACCCUGGCUUUGGGUGCUGGCUCUCCGGAGUCGAUAUCAACACCCAGCAGAGCUUCGAAGCCUUGUCAGAAAGAGCCGUAGCCGUGGUAGUCGAUCCCAUUCAGAGUGUGAAAGGAAAGGUUGUUAUUGACGCCUUCAGAUUAAUCAAUGCCAACAUGAUGGUUUUGGGACAUGAACCAAGACAAACCACUUCCAAUCUCGGCCACUUAAACAAGCCGUCUAUACAGGCUCUAAUUCAUGGUCUGAACAGACAUUACUACUCUAUAACCAUUAACUACAGGAAGAAUGAGCUGGAACAAAAGAUGCUGUUGAACUUGCACAAGAAGAGCUGGAUGGAGGGAUUGACCCUUCAGGACUACAGUGAACACUGUAAACUCAAUGAGACUGUAGUGAAGGAGAUGUUAGAACUUGCCAAGAAUUAUAACAAGGCUGUGGAAGAGGAAGAUAAGAUGACGCCUGAGCAGCUUGCCAUAAAAAAUGUUGGAAAACAGGAUCCUAAACGCCAUUUGGAAGAACAUGUGGAUGUCCUGAUGACCUCAAACAUUGUCCAGUGUUUAGCCGCCAUGUUAGACACAGUCGUGUUUAAAUAACAGAUACACUGGAGAUCGCGUCUUUUGGUUUUCUUAAGUGGGCUGUGUAUAAAAAAAAAAUGCAGUCCGGCCUCCAGGUCCCGUUCUUUGACAAUACUUUGUUUCAGCUGCAAUAAGGUUCAUUUCACAGGUUGUUUUUGUUAUUAUUUCAUGUGAUUUAGUGUUUAUUACAAAAUGAACCAAAUCUGGUCCAAAUUCUAUGUAAAUAAUGGGGGUUAUACGGACACAAAUUAGGCAUGUGUCUCGAGGCCCUGGUGGUGACGGAGUUAAAACUCGUUCUUUAUCAGUUAUAAACUCUAUUCCGCUUGACUCAAAGACGUUCAAGAACAUGAACCGCUACUUCAGAUGGGGACAUCUGGCAUUGUGGGUGACCUGGGAGCAGCACAGUAACACCUCACCGUCUCUGUUGUGUAAUUACUUCUGUUCCUAGAUGCCAGCCACUUUACAGACUACAAAGUUCUCUAAAACAUUCAUCAGGGCAAAUUUUAUAAAAACCUGCAUUUAAUAUAUGGGAAAUCAAUGCUGCAAGUGUUGCUACAUAAUAAAAAAUACAUUUACACCUUCA